AUGUCGAGUGGGUCCUAUACCGAAGACCAGGAAAAGAUUGCUCUAGAAGUUCUUUCAAAGGAUAGACAAGCAUUUUAUGAAGUAUUACAGAUAGAACGUAGUGCAAGUGAUAAUGAGAUCAAGAAGUCGUACAGGAAACUGGCUAUAAAACUGCAUCCGGACAAAAAUCCACAUCCGAGGGCAAGUGAAGCAUUCAAAGUGAUAAAUAGAGCAUUUGAAGUGCUGAGUGAUGAAGAGAAACGUCGACUUUAUGACAGGUUGGGAAGAGACCCAGAUGAUCGAAAUAUGCCUUCUGCAUCCAGUAGCGGCUUUCGCACUGCUAGUGCUGGAUUUCCUGCGGGCUUUGAGAACUCAUUUUACAGUCGUCGUGCCGCAACCAGAGAUCCUGGUGAAGAUAUAUUUGAUUUUUUGUUCAACAUGGGUGGAGGAGGACCUUUUGGUCACCCUUUUGGUGGCAAUGCGUUUGGUGGUCACCCAUUCAUGGAUGGUGGUGCGACCUCGUUUACAUUUGGCCCUGGUGGCUUUAAAGUACAUACAAAUGCUCCCAGAAGAGCUCGACAGCAGCAACGACAGGCCGAACAAGAUGUUCAACCAGAUCUUUAUCAAAGCUUAAGAGUGCUCUUGCCGCUAUUACUCUUGUUCCUCGUGCCACUACUCGAGAGAUUACUGUUUGGUUGA